UGCAAUUCAUGCUCAAAAACACUUUCUCCAAACUAACAAAAAUACUAGGUACCUAAUUCGAGACUCGUAUACCCCCAUACAUCACUAUUAAAGAAUAAUCACGCACCAACAACAAAACUCUGUCAAAGAUCCUUGAUUCAAACACUAUUUUACCGAUAAGAGGUCUCUAUCAGUGGCAGAUAGGGCUUAUACAAAACUAAGUGAUUUAAAAUAUAGUAUUUUUAAGUCAAAUAAAUUAACUUAUUAUUUAUUAUUUGAAAUAGAACAUUUCCUAGAGUGAAAAUAAAUAUAUAAAGGAUUUUUUUUUUGGGGGGGGGGAGCAUUUUUAUUAAGGUUUUUUUUAUGAGUAGAGGGAGUGGGUGUUGUCCUUAUCAAUAUCUAGUCAAUAAUUUUAAGGUAAAUUCACUACUGAUUACUUCCCUUGAUAUCAUAAUCAAUAUUAUUUUUUGGGGAUCCUGCAUUUCCAUGUGGUUUUUUUCUUAGUAGGUGUCAUUACGUUUUUUUUUUUUAUUUCGUUUGUUUUUAACCGAGCUUAAAAUAUUAAUAAUAUAAAAUGGAACUUAAAAAAUACAGAAAAAAAUGUUCUGUGAGUUACUGCGAAAACAUUCAAAGGUACAAGAGCUAUUAUAGUUUUUUUUCUUACCCGAAGGAUGCUGAACGCCGCGAACUUUGGAUGAUAAAUUGCAAAACAGAAUACCUGGCUGACAAACUAACAAGGCCCAAUUCUUACAGAGUGUGCGAAAUACAUUUUGAAAACAGAAUGUUUUUAAAUAGAAAUACUAGAACCAGACUAAUAUACAAUGCAGUUCCGACAAUAUUCAAUUUUGACAAAAAUCAUGAUCAGCAAGAACAGGUAUCAAUUAAUUCAACAGUACAUUUCAAUGAUCAAUCGAUGCGAUCGUUUUUAAAUGAUCAUAACUAUUGUAAAGAUGUUUUCAAAAAUGGGACUUUAAAACAACAUUGAAUAUAACUUGAAAAUAAAAUAGUUAUAAAUUUAUAAUCAUUAUUUGUUUAAAGAAUUAAAAUUGUUCUAAUAUAUCUAAAUGAAAAAAUUAAUAUU